CGGUGUUGGAAAGGGUUUGCAAAAUUCAUGAGCUACCCUUGGCUAUGACAUGGGUCCCUUGCAGUGCUUGCAAUGAUUUACUGCGAGGGCAACUCCUGUCUGAGGGUGUGGAAUUUUGUGGGCACUCAAACUUCUGGCGUAAGAUGUUUGUACUAGUCAGUAAAUCCUGUCACUUAAGAAAGGGAGGGGUUGCCAGGAUGGUACUUUUACCUCCUAACAUGUUAUAUUGCUCGGAUAUAACCCAACUCAGCUUAGCUGAGUACCCCUUGCUACCCUAUGCACAACCGUGCAAUUUCCAUGGUUGGUUCACAAUAUGCUUGCAGAGCAGUUACACUGCAAAUGACAUUUAUGUACUAGAGUUUUUUUUGCCCACGAGCGAAAGAUACCGUGACAACUCAUGGACCUCAUUGAGCUUGAUAUUGGGGACGAUGGAGGAAAAUUUCAGAACUUUUAAGCUUGCUUCUGGCCAAGAACUGGGGGAUUUAUUAUCAGUUGAAGUUAUGGAUUUUCAGAAUGGACUAAAACUUCAUUCUGUUGAAAAGAUCCAAGCUAAGGGUAGAGGAGUGAUGUUGCAGCCAGGUCAUCUGGAUCUGCCACCAAUGGAUGCCAUAAGCAAUGAAACGAAUGUCGUUAGUGAGGCACAAAAGUACAAUUUGCCUAGUCUUGAACCCUUGCAGAGUGGAAAAGUUACGACGCAACUAGAUUCAUCUGAUCAGCUGUCAAUGGAUCAUUCAAAAAAUGCACAUAAUGUCAUCACUACCAAACGAAACGUCAUCAUGGUUACUAGUUCAGAUUCAGAAUGAAAUGAAGUUUCUUUGGAUGAUAUUCUUAAAUAUUCCAAAAAGAGCCGUAACGAUGCUGCAAAGAAACUCCAAGUUAGCAUAUCGACAUUGAAGCGUGUAUGUAGGGGUUAUGGUAUCGAUAGGUGGCCACCUCGCA